GGCGGGAGGGGGCCGAACCGAGGGGUGGGGAGAGGGGAGGAGGCCUCAGCAGCAGAGAGAAGUGGCCAGAGAGGCCCAGGGGACAGCCAGGGACAGGCAGACAUGCAGCCAGAGCCCCGAGGCCUGGACAGGGGCUGCCAGGCCCCGUGACGGGAGGACCCCGAGCCCCCGGCCCGGGGAGGGGGCCAUGGUGCUGCCUGCCCGACAUGUCAGCCGAGGUGCGGCUGAGGCGGCUCGAGCAGCUGGUGCUGGACCCCGGCUUCCUGGGGCUGGAGCCCCUGCUCGACCUUCUCCUGGGCGUCCACCAGGAGCUGGGCGCCUCCGACCUGGCGCAGGACAAGUAUGUGGCCGACUUCUUGCAGUGGGUGGAGCCCAUCGCCGAGAGGCUUAAGGAGGCCCGACUGCAGAGGGAUGACUUCGAGAUUCUGAAGGUGAUCGGACGCGGGGCGUUCAGCGAGGUGGCGGUGGUGAAGAUGAAGCAGACGGGCCAGGUGUACGCCAUGAAGAUCAUGAAUAAAUGGGACAUGCUGAAGAGAGGCGAGGUGUCGUGCUUCCGCGAGGAGAGGGAUGUGUUGGUGAACGGGGACCGGCGCUGGAUCACGGAGCUGCACUUCGCUUUUCAGGACGAGAACUACCUGUACCUGGUCAUGGAGUACUACGUGGGCGGGGACCUGCUAACGCUGCUGAGCAAGUUUGGGGAGCGGAUCCCAGCCGAAAUGGCGCGCUUCUACCUGGCCGAGAUUGUCAUGGCCAUAGACUCAGUGCACCGGCUGGGCUAUGUACACAGGGACAUCAAACCCGACAACAUCCUGCUGGACCGCUGUGGCCACAUCCGCUUGGCCGACUUCGGGUCCUGCCUCAAGUUGAGGGCGGACGGAACGGUGCGGUCGCUGGUGGCUGUGGGCACCCCGGACUACUUGUCCCCUGAGAUCCUGCAGGCUGUGGGCGGCGGGCCCGGGCUGGGCAGCUAUGGGCCCGAGUGUGACUGGUGGGCACUGGGAGUGUUCGCCUAUGAAAUGUUCUACGGGCAGACGCCCUUCUACGCCGACUCCACGGCUGAGACCUACGGCAAGAUCGUGCACUACAAGGAGCACCUGUCUCUACCGCUUGCGGACGCAGGGGUCCCUGAGGAGGCCCGAGACCUCAUCCAGCGGCUGCUGUGUCCUCCUGAGACGCGGCUGGGCCGGGACGGAGCAGGUGAUUUCCAGAAUCAUCCUUUUUUCUUUGGCCUUGACUGGGACAGUCUCCGAGACAGCGUGCCCCCAUUUACACCGGAUUUCGAGGGUGCCACUGACACGUGCAACUUCGAUGUGGUGGAAGACGGGCUCACUGCCAUGGUGAGCGGGGGCGGGGAGACGCUGUCCGACAUGCGGGAAGGCAUGCCCCUGGGGGUCCACCUGCCAUUUGUGGGCUACUCCUACUCCUGCAUGGCCCUCAGGGACGAGGAGGUCCCAGGCCCCACGGCCAUGGAACUGGAGGCCGAGCCAUUGCCUGAGCCACCUGUGCGGGCGGCCAGCCCAGAGCCCACGGUGCCGCCACCAGAGGAAACAGCCGAAGCGGCAGCUCCGGAGGCCGUUCCCGCGGCGGCGGCGGCGGCGGCGGCGGUGGCGGCGGAGGCCCAGGUGACGCUGCGGGAGCUCCAGGAGGCCCUGGAGGAGGAGGUGCUUACACGGCAGAGCCUGAGCCGGGAGCUGGAGGCCAUCCGCACAGCCAACCAGAGCUUUGCCAGUCAGCUCCGUGAGGCCGAGGCCCGGAACCGAGACCUGGAGGCGCGCGUCCGGCAGCUGCAGGAGCGGAUGGAGCUGCUGCAGGCCGGGGGAGACGCAGCUGUCACGGGGGUCCCCAGUCCCCGGGCCACGGAUGCACCUUCCCAUCUAGAUGGCCCCCCGGCCGUGGCUCUGGGCCAAUGCCCGCUGGUGGGGCCAGGCCCCAUGCACCGCCGCCACCUGCUGCUCCCUGCCAGGGUCCCUAAGCCUGACCUAUCGGAGGCGCGUUCCCUGCUCCUGUUCGCCGUUGCUCUGGCUGCUGCCGCCGCCUUGGGCUGCACUGGGUUGGUGGCCUGCGCCCACCACCUCGCCCCGGUCUGGCGCCACCCGGGAGCCGCCUUCGCCCCCUGAACCCUAGGACCCCAAGCUGGAGGGUUGGGUGACCUGGGCACGGCGCAGAAGCCAUUCCUACCGCCUCCCGGUUCACAGCGCCUCCCAGCGUGGGUCUCCGCCCGAGCUCCAGCCCUGUGAUCCGGGCCCGCCCCCUGGCGGCCGGGGAGGGAGGAGCAGGAGGCUCCAGGGAGGCUUGUAACCGGGAAUGCUGCAGUUGCUGCUGGGGAGAAUCGCAGACCAACCACCUACUAACUCCGGCCUGGCUGAGGCCCCGCCGUGGAUGGGCAAACUGCGAUCUAGAGGAGACAGCAGGGCCAGGGCUCGGCCAUCAGUUUUUCACCCUCCACGCGCCCCCCGCCUAUCGGCUCGCAGACCACAAAUCCCUGUGCAUGAGGCCCUACUAUCCCGGGAAUGUUCUCUUCCCGCGGCGAACGUCUAGUGCGAGCCCCGCCCGCCUUCUCGAGAACCUUUUGCUUUCGCCAGCCCCGCUUUUUCGGGGACUCGCGCGCCCUCCUCACGUACGUAGCUCUCGGGGCCACAGCAGGCUCCGCCCGCCUCGGCAGUUUGGGUAUUUAUUGACCUGUCCUCCGACCCGCCAAGUUCCAGGACCCCAGCACCCUAAUCCACGUUUUGGAUGCACUGAGACCCCGACAUUCCUCAGUAUUUAUUGUCUCUCCACACCUAGGACCCCACCCCCGAUCCUCGCGAAUAAAAGGCCCUCCCGUCUGCCCAACGCUCUGGA